CGCGAAUUGAAAAAAAAGUGCUUGCCGUUUCUAUUGCGCGAGCGAGAAGUGGACAGUUUUGCGGCACACGAAACCUCUGCCGAACGAAGGAACCGGAUUGUCGCGCGACACUGACCACCUGAAAAAGCAUUCCGCCAACCAGUGCGCCACCCUAGUGGGGAAAACGGAAGGAUCUAACUAGCGAGCUGCCCGUACCAGCAUUCUACCAACACCAUGCAGUCCAACAUUCGCUCUUUGGUGAACGUUGCCGUCAAGGGCAACGCAAGCCUUCGAAAUCAUGGCGCAGUGCUGGGAGCGCUCUACGGCCGAUACUACUCGACGACACACGAUGCCGACCUGGUGGUUAUCGGUUCCGGACCGGGUGGAUAUGUUGCUUCCAUCAAAGCCGCACAGCUCGGUAUGAAGACCGUGUGCAUCGAAAAGAAUGACACACUCGGCGGAACCUGCCUGAACGUGGGCUGCAUCCCCUCGAAAGCCCUGCUAAACAAUUCGCACUACUACCACAUGGCCCACUCGGGCGAUCUUGCCUCGCGCGGUAUUCUCGUCGAAAAUGUGCGUCUCGAUCUGAGCAAACUGAUGGACCAGAAGUCGAAAGCGGUCAAAUCGCUUACCGGCGGCAUUGCGCAGCUCUUCAAGAAGAACAAGGUGACACACAUCAACGGUUUCGGAACGAUCACCGGCCCGAACACGGUGGUCGCUAAGAAGGCUGACGGUGGUGAGGAAACCGUCAACACGAAGAACAUUCUGAUCGCAACCGGCUCGGAAGUGACCCCAUUCCCGGGCAUUGAAGUGGACGAGGAAACGAUCGUGUCCUCGACGGGUGCGCUGAAGCUGAAGGAAGUGCCACGACGACUGGGCCUCAUCGGUGCCGGCGUCAUUGGGCUGGAGCUGGGUUCGGUUUGGGGCCGGCUCGGUGCGGAAGUGACCGCAAUCGAAUUUCUCACCACGAUCGGCGGUGUCGGCAUCGAUCAGGAGGUGUCGAAGAACUUCCAGAAGAUUCUCACCAAGCAGGGCAUGAAGUUUAUGCUCGGCACGAAGGUGAUCAGUGCGUCGAAGGCUGGCAGCGGUGUUACCGUGACGGUCGAGAACGUAAAGGAUGGUUCGCAGCAGAAUCUGGAGUUUGAUGUGCUGCUGGUGUGUGUUGGCCGUCGGCCGUACACGGAGGGACUUGGGCUGGAGAACGUUGGUAUUGUGAAGGAUGACCGAGGCCGGGUGCCGGUUAACAGCCAGUUCCAGACGAUCGUGCCGAGCGUGUACGCGAUCGGUGAUUGUAUCCAUGGUCCGAUGUUGGCGCAUAAGGCAGAAGACGAGGGUAUUGUGGCGGUGGAAGGUAUGCUCGGUGGACACUUGCACAUCGACUACAACUGUGUGCCGAGCGUGGUGUACACGCAUCCGGAGGUGGCCUGGGUGGGCAAGAACGAGGAGGAACUGAAGGCGGAAGGUGUCGCGUAUAACGUCGGCAAGUUCCCGUUCGCGGCAAACUCGCGUGCCAAGACGAACAACGAUACCGAUGGGUUCGUGAAAGUGUUGGCCGAUAAGCAGACGGAUCGUGUGCUUGGUGUGCAUAUCAUUGGACCGGCCGCUGGUGAACUGAUCAACGAGUCUGUCCUCGCCAUGGAAUACGGUGCGUCGGCGGAGGAUGUUGCUCGCGUUUGCCACGCUCACCCGACCUGUGCGGAAGCCCUCCGAGAGGCACAUACGGCCGCCAGCUUCGGCAAGCCGAUUAACUUUUAAUUUGUAAAAAAAAGAAAGCAUAACACAACCACUACCAACCAACCAGCACCACCAUCAAGACCAGUUUGAUGAAGCAAAUCAGCAAAGCGUGUAUGUGUGCGAAAUACACAUCCCCAGGAUGUCUCCGUACUGUCUGCCUGCCCGGCUCUUUUUUCGAUAAGCUACACCGCUUAGCAAAAGGGACAGGUGAGAAUAGCAAACAACCGACGAAACACACAUGCACCGUUGCUGAUGCCGACUGAAAGCCGGCAAUGGACACGAGAGAGAUUGAGCGAUGGGGGAUGAUAGAAGAAGCAGCGAUACGAAGCAAUUUUUUAACCUCCACGGGGGAAAUCCUUACAAUCCCUUGUAAGUUGUGAAACGCGCCAGAGAGAGAGAGGGAGAGAGAUAUAGAUAAAUCAUAACUUGAUGAAUAGGCCAUUCUCACGUCUCCGUUCCGCGUGCGAUCAGCUUCCUUGAUUGCUAACGGGCAGAGGCAUGAAAAUGGGCCGCUAGCGUUUUUUUGAAUCUGGAAACCACAUUGGAUUAGUAUCUUUUUCGCUGUUGCAAACAGUGCAGUAUAACAAAAUACAAAGGCGAAUAAAAUGGAACCGAAAAGCAAGAUUAUUUAUUAGCUGAUAA